GUAUGAGUGUGUGUUGUAAAAAAAAAUAAAAUUGCAUACGUCUCCACGUGAAAGUUGAACUCCUUACAAUUUUCACCCUUUUUACAACAAUUUCUCCUUUUGUAGUUAGAAAAUUAGUGUUUAAAUUAUUUUACUUUAUUUAACAAUAAGCUAAACAUGUCGAAAAACAAGGCCAAGAGCAAGAAAAACCAUUUCGAUGACGAUGAAGACAUGGACGAACAACCAGCCAAUAUUGCGUCAAAAAAAUCACAAAAGAAGGGGAAGAAGGGUAAACGCGGCGGCGGUGACGAUUCAGACGAUGAUUUUGCUGGUAGUUCCAAUCGUGUUAAUGAUGAUUUGGAAAGUGUAACCUCUAGUAAUAGUAAGGCGUCUACGCAGCAACAGCAGGCGGCUGCCAAUAAAGGUAAAAAAGGCAACAAAAAGGGUAAGAAGGGUAAAGAUGACUGGAGUGAUGAGGAAGAGGAAAAGCUGCCACAACCUGUUAGCAAGUCAAAUAAGAAAAACAACAAAAAGCGUCAAGAUUCCGAUGAGGAAGACGAACAAGAUCAAGAAGAGGUGGUUGUGGCCAAACCGGCAAAGCAAAAACAACAACAGAAAAAAUCUAAAAAGAAUAAGAAAAAAGAUGAUUUCAGUGACGAUGACGACGAAGACAUUGAUUUGUUGAAGCAGGUUGCCGACGAGGAGGAUGAUGAAGAGGAGGAGGAGGAACCCAUUGUUAUUGCUAAACCAGCCAAAAAGAACAAUAAAAAACAACAAAAGAAAAAUAACAAAUUUGAAAUGAUGAGCGACGAGGAGGAACAAGAAGACGAAGAAGAACUGUUAGAUGAACCCAUAGAAGAGGAAGCACCCAAACCAGCUGAACCAGCUAAAGAAAAAUCACCAAAACCAGCUGAACCUGCAAAACAAAAAGAACCUGAAGAGAAAAAAUCAGCUACACCAGAACCAGUUCUACAAGAAAAAAUGGAAAAUCUCAAUAUAGAAGAAGAUAAGGCAAAGGAAACUUCCGUGGAAAAGGAAGAGGAGCCUAGCGAAGCUUCAGAAAAAGAUAAAAAAGAAAAGAAAAUGACGCAUAAGGAAAAGAAAAAGCUAAAGAAACAGGAGGAAUAUGAGAGGCAAAUGGAACUCAUGACCAAAAAGGGUGGUUUGGGUCACUCCGAUUUGGAUAGCAAUUUCACCAUGUCUCAAGUGCAGAAAACUGCUGGUCAAAAGGCUGCUUUGGAACAUGCUGUGGAUAUUAAAAUUGAGAAUUUCACCAUUUCCGCCAAAGGCAACGAUUUGUUUGUAAAUGCCAAUCUUUUGAUUGCCCAUGGCCGUCGUUAUGGUUUGGUGGGUCCCAAUGGUCAUGGUAAGACCACUUUAUUGCGUCACAUUGCUACACGUGCCUUUGCCAUACCGCCCAAUAUAGAUGUUUUGCUUUGUGAACAAGAAGUUGUGGCCAACGACAAAACUGCCGUUGAAACCAUUUUGGAGGCCGAUGUUAAACGCCUAAAACUCUUGGAGAAAUGCAAAGAAUUGGAAGAUCAAUUUUCAGCUGGUGAUUUAAGUGUACAGGAAGAACUCAAUGAUGUUUUUACCGAACUCAAAGCUACUGGCGCCUACUCAGCCGAAGCCCGUGCCAGACGUAUUUUAGCUGGUUUGGGUUUCAGCGAAGAAAUGCAAAAUAGACCCACCAACAAGUUUUCUGGUGGUUGGCGUAUGCGUGUCUCCUUGGCCAGAGCUUUGUAUUUGGAACCCACUCUCCUUAUGCUUGAUGAACCUACAAAUCAUUUAGAUUUAAAUGCCGUCAUUUGGUUGGACAAUUAUCUGCAGGGUUGGAAGAAGACCCUUUUGAUUGUUUCUCACGACCAAAGUUUCUUGGAUAAUGUUUGUAAUGAAAUUAUACAUUUGGAUCAAAAGAAACUGCAGUACUACAAGGGUAACUAUUCCAUGUUCAAGAAAAUGUACGUGCAAAAGCGUCGUGAAAUGAUUAAGGAAUAUGAGAAACAAGAAAAACGCAUUAAGGAAUUGAAGGCUCAUGGUCAGUCAAAGAAGGCUGCCGAAAAGAAAACAAAGGAAGUUUUGACACGUAAACAGGAAAAGAACAAAACCAAAACGCAAAAGCAGGAUGAAGAUGAUGGACCAACCGAACUGUUGGAGAGACCUAAAGAGUAUAUAGUGAAAUUCCGUUUUCCCGAACCUUCACAAUUGCAGCCUCCUAUUUUGGGUUUGCACAAUAUCACUUUUGGCUUUGAAGGCCAAUGUAAAUUAUUUAAAAGUGUAGACUUUGGUAUAGAUUUAACGAGUCGUGUGGCUAUUGUGGGCCCUAAUGGUGUGGGCAAAUCUACUUUCCUCAAACUAUUGCUGGGUGAACUGGAGCCUCAACAGGGUGAGCAAAGGAAAAAUCAUCGUUUGCGUGUUGGUCGUUUCGAUCAGCACUCUGGUGAACAUUUGACCGCCGAAGAGUCGGCCGCUGAGUAUUUACAACGUCUUUUCAACUUACCCCAUGAAAAAGCCCGCAAAGCCUUGGGUUCCUUUGGUCUAAUUAGUCACGCACAUACCAUCAAAAUGAAGGAUCUUUCGGGUGGUCAAAAGGCUCGUGUGGCCCUGGCUGAAUUGUGUCUUAGUGCUCCCGACGUAUUGAUUCUUGAUGAACCUACUAACAAUUUGGAUAUUGAAUCUAUUGAUGCCUUAGCUGAAGCUAUCAACGAAUAUGAGGGUGGCGUUAUCAUUGUUUCUCACGACGAACGUUUGAUACGUGAAACCGGCUGUACCCUGUAUGUCAUCGAAGAGCAAACCAUUAAUGAGAUUGAUGGUGAGUUUGAUGAUUACCGUAAGGAAGUAUUGGAUGCUUUGGGUGAGGUGGUCAAUAAUCCCAGUGUGGUGGCUAACGCUGCAGUGCUGCAAGAUUGAGAAAAUAGGCAUUUGUGAUUUAUGGAACAUUUAACGAUUUUGGCUUUGAAAUGUAGCAAAUAUUGUUGCACAAGGGAUCUUUAGCAAUUGAUUAUUUUUUAUUAUAUUUCUAUCGAAAUUAACGUUUGUAUUUUUUUUUUAUUAUUAUUUUAAACAAAGAAAAAUUAAACAAUUGUUAAAGUUAAAACACGAAAAAAA